AUGUCGACUUCUAAAACCCUAACCUUCACUCUCUUCUUCAUCGCAACACUACUCGCGUCCUGCAACGCAGCCGCAAACAACACAACGCAACCGCUCUUCCCAGCGAUUCUAAUCUUCGGCGAUUCAACCGUGGACACAGGGAACAAUAAUUACCCAUUAAACAUAAUCCUCAAAGCUACACAUAUUCCUUACGGCAUUGAUCUCCCAGACCACAAAGCUACCGGAAGAUUCUCAAACGGAAAACUAAUCCCCGACAUACUCGCGGCCAAAUUCAACAUCAAACAGUUUGUCCCUCCUUUCUUACAACCUAAUCUCUCCGACCAAGAGAUUGUGACCGGAGUCUGUUUUGCAUCAGCCGGUGCGGGUUACGAUGAGCGAAGCAGUCUCUCGUCACAAGCGAUUCCUGUCUCGUAUCAACCUACAAUGUUCAGGAGUUACAUCGCUCGCCUUAAGAGUAUCGUAGGAGACAAGAAAGCUAUGGAGAUUAUAAACAAUGCUUUGGUGGUUGUAAGUGCAGGGACUAACGAUUUCAUCUUGAAUUUUUACACCAUUCCUACAAGGCGUCUUGAGUACCCUUUCAUCUCUGCUUACCAAGAGUUUAUACUUAAGAGGCUUGACAACUUCCUCCGGGUAAUGUUUCAAACAUGUUCUCAGAUUAUCUCUAAUCAAAACCAAAAUAGUAUUGUCAGAUUUCGGGGUUGUUGA